GAGUCCUUUUUCAGAACAUUUUCUUGGUGUAAUUUGAUGAUGACGAAAGGUGAGAGUGGAUGAAAAGAAUAGAGUUGCCGAGUGGGGGGGUGUUAUACGGCUUGCUGCUGUGCGUUGUCCUCGUCUGUAACCUGGGGUGGGAAUCCAAGGGCUUCGUCCAGGACGUUGAGUGCUCUGUCAAGACGUUCGAAUCCGUCAAUCAAUUCCUCUUCGCUGAUGGAUAGUGGGGGCGCACAGUGGAUGUGAGGGUAUCUGUGAAGGCCGACCAAUCCCUCGUCCUUGAAUGCUUUCUUGUACUUGUGGAAGGCCUCGUGGGGCGCUUCGUGCUGCAACUUGGGGUUCUUGCCGUUGACGUCUUGGACGUCGAGACAACCGAAAAGCCCAACUGCUCGGUAUUGCUUGAUCGAUGGGUGGUCCUCGACCAACUGCUGCAUGCAAGCUUCGAAGAGUGGAGCCAUCGCUGCUGUUCGGCCUACAAUGUUGUUUUGCAACAAGUAUUUGGUGCUUUCGUAGGACACUGCCAUCGCAACCGGGUGUCCGUUGUAGGUACUACCCCAUCCCAUGGACUUGUUUUCGAAAUGGUUAAGGAUAUCCUCGCUACAUGCCAACAUAGACAUAGGGACGGCGGAGGAAGAAAUACCCUUUGCACAGGUGACGAUAUCAGGCAUGACGCCCUGGUAGUUCUGGAAUCCGAACAUUUUUCCGGUACGUCCGAAGCCCAUCAUAACUUCGUCGACGUGCAUCAAAAUUCCAUACUGGUCGCAGAGAGCACGGACACCCUGCAAGUACCCAUCUGGGAAGAUAACACAACCACCGGCUCCUUGGAUGCUUUCGGUCAUGAUAGAUGCGAUGUUAUCUGGUCCUUCGUUCAGAAUAGUUUCUUCAAGCAUUGCAAGUGCUGCUUCGACCUGUUCUGCCUCGGUGGCCUGUGGCCCGCCGGGCUUGAAGAAAAGAGGAAAGGGGUUGAAGGCUUUGAUGAAACCUGGGCCUUCCUGGUUGAACCAGCGUCGGGAGUCACCGGUGGCGGCACUCGAGUUCGAAGUGGCGCCGUGGUAGCCCCUGUACCAACUGAUAAUCUUUUGUCGACCGGUGUAGCGUCGAGCCAUCAUGAUGCCUGCUUCGUUCGCUUCAGAUCCGCUGCUGKGAUAAAUCGCUGCCUUUAGAUCGCCAGGAAGGAUUUCAUUCAUGAGUUGAUUGAGGCGUGUUUUGACUUCAGAUUGGCCAAUGUCUCCGUAAGAGUAGGGAAGUAAUCGCAUUUGGUAUUCUGCGGCUUGAAUGACGUUCUCAGGCAAGUCGUGUCCGAGGUUGGAGCAUACAGCUUGAGAGGUCCAGUCGAGGUAUUUCUUUCCCUCGUCAUCGUACAAGUACACACCUUCGCCGUGAGUCAUGUUGGGUACAACGUGUCGGGCGGCGUUGGGAGCCCAUCCCAUGGCGAAUGGAUUCUCUGCUCGGGAUUGGUUCAGUUCUUCCGAGGUCCAAGUUCCAAGAGGUUGAAAGUGUUUGGGGUCGACGUUUGGCGUGGAAUCGGCCAUGUU